AUGUCUACUUUUGAUGAACUUCUUAAACUAUUGGAAAAGGAUUUAAAAAAGCAAGAUUCUCUUGCGAUCAUCCUGCUCAAUUUUCUUCGGUUUUAUCUGAUAGUCAAUGUAGGACAUCAUUUUGGCAUCCAUUUCAUUAAAAUUUAUUUUGGCUGGUGCUCUGCGUUUUGGCGGGGGUGCCAGAUUUUGUUUGUCCCUUUAACUGUCAUUAUCAAGUUGUGUCAUUGUAGUCACACUGUCGUCUUCGUUUGUAGGUUCAUUCGAUGUCGUGGUGUCAUCUUCGGUGUGUUCUUCAGUUUGUUUAGCAGAGACGCUUUCGUAUGCAGCAUCCGGGUGUUCAUUUAAAGAUCUUCAUUACACCUAUCGCGUUGGUGUAUCGACUGAUAGCAACGUUAUUAAAGAAGUUUCAAGAUGCAUAUGGAACAAUUUAAGUGAAAAAUUUAUGCGACUUCUUACAUCAGUCGACGAAUGGGAACAGAUAGCAAGUAGAUUUAACAAAAAAAGUAAUUUUCCCCACUGUCUCGGAGCUGUCGACGGAAAACAUAUCCGACUUAAAAAACCACUAAAUAGCUGUUCACUGUAUAUCAAUUACAAGGAUUUUUUUCCAUCAUAUUAUUAGCGAUCGUAGACUCCGACUAUCGC